AUGCCGGCACGAACAGCUGCCUCCGACUUGGUGCUCGACGCGAAGCUGGACACCGAAUUCUUCGACAGCUGCAUCAGGCACACGCGCUUCGUCAAAGGCCCUUCGGCCCUCGAGCGUCGCACUCGAAUUCGAGAAGUAUGGGACAUUGGCAGAAUCAUCGGCCGAGGGUCGUUUGGCUCCGUCCGCAUCGAGUCCUGCCGAACGAUGCUGUCUGGCCAGCAGAGCCAAUCGCGGAUUCGUCAACGAGCCGUCAAGAAGAUAAGCAAGGACUCUCCUCACCAGGGGAGGUGGGAUUAUCUAAAGGAAUUGGAGACUGUCAUCAAGUUCUCGCAUGAGCGUUAUGCUCCUUACUUUGUGCGCACCGACGGCUGGUUUGAGACUGCCGAGCACGUCUUCAUCACCCUCGAGUAUCUCCCGCACGGCGAUUUGCAGCACUUUAUGAACGAUUCUCCGCCCUUUGAUGAAGAAGCAGUGCGACGGAUCACCGGGCAGCUGCUGGAAGGCAUCGCAUUCAUGCACGAUUCGGGCUUUGCCCACCGAGAUCUGAAACCCGGGAAUAUCUUGGUCGAAGCCGCGUCUCCGGACUGGCUGGUCAAGAUCGCCGACUUUGGCAUCAGCAAGCGGGCGCAAGAGGGCGGGACAGACCUGCGGACCAUGCAAAUCGGCACCUUUGGCUACAUGGCUCCAGAAGUCAUGGGAUUCUUCUCGGGGAACGAUCCCUCCGUCGCGUAUUCCGUGACAGUCGACAUUUGGGCGAUAGGCAUCAUUGCGUUUGAGUUACUCUUCAAGAGACAUCCUUUCGCCAAUGUCAAACACAUUCUUGAUUAUGUCACGGGUACCGAGGAACUGCGUUUUCCGGGACGACUCUUCGUCGAGGCAAGUCUACCAAAUGGCCCCAUGGCAGCCUUCCCUGCUGCGACCCCAGCUUCAGUGGCAUGGAGUGCAUCGCAGCUCAACGGGGGCACGCAGACCACAGUGACCCUGCUGCCUACGUAUCAGGGGCAUCAGCUCGACGCAAGCAUACUGAUUCCAGCCUUCAGGCACCUGGAUCUGGAGAGGACCAAAUAUUGUAUCCUUCGAUCCGAUAACGAGUUCGAUAUCGAGACGAGUGCGGCCCAUGGCGUCUGGACCUCGAGUCAGCGGGUGAACAAGAUGCUUAACAAAGCCUAUCUCAAGACGGGAGGGAAGGUCGUCCUGUUUUUCUCAGUCAUCAAAAGUCGCAAGUUUUGCGGCGUUGCGCAGAUGACGAGUGAGAUGGACUGGGACAACACAGACGAGCACUGGUUCGAAGACGCGUGGUCAGGUCGAUUCACGCUCGACUGGUUGACCCUGAAUGAGGUGUCAUUUGACCUGGUCAAGCACGUCCCGGUGAAGCCAAGCACGCCUGGGUUUCGCGCAAUCUCUUGCUACGAUGGAACGGAAAUUGCAGCGUCAUCUGCCUUCGAGCUCUUGAGGGCGUUCGCCCCCAGACCAAAUGCGCCGCCAGCACGCCAGCACCCGAUGGAUGUUGAUAGCGCGGAAACAUUGUGA